UUGGUCCACUUGUUGAUUCAAAUUUUUAUAAAUCUUUAUCAGCUUUGUUUUCGUUAUCUUUAAAUAGUCGUCCCGUUACUUUUUUGCUGUGCAAAAUGUUGGAAAGAAAUCCAGGUUGUGAAUUAGAUUUAGGAUGGCUAAACAGCGUAAACAUAAACCUAAAUGCUGUCAAUACCGCUGUUGAAGACAUCCUUAAUUCUAGAGACUUGAAAAACGAUUACAGAGCAGCUUGGUUACUCAGAGCUGUAACUUGCAUUGACUUAACCACACUGGGGGGCGAUGACACACCAAGUAAUGUUUCAAGAUUGUGUUACAAAGCUGCAAAACCUUUACCUGAAGACUUACUGAACCAGUUAGGUUUUGAUUAUAAUUCUGACUGUCCUAUUAGGACGGCAGCAGUUUGUGUUUACCCAUCUCGAGUUGAAGACGCUGUUAAAACCUUGAAAAAGUUAAAACUCACUGAUAAGAUUAAUGUAGCUUCUGUUGCAACAGGUUUUCCCAGUGGUCAAAUGCCACUAAAGACAAGAGUUGAGGAAAUCAAAUACGCUGUAGAAAAAGGGGCUACUGAGAUUGAUAUUGUCAUUGAUAGGAGUUUGGUUUUGACUGGUAAAUGGGAGGUUUUAUACCAGGAAAUCCAGCAGAUGAAAGAGGCUUGUGGGUCCACUGCUCAUAUGAAGACUAUUUUAGCCACUGGUGAAUUGGGAACACUAAACAAUGUGUAUAAGGCAUCAUUGGUUGCAAUGAUGGCAGGUUCUGAUUUUAUCAAAACCUCCACUGGUAAAGAAAGCCUUAAUGCUACUUUACCUUUUGGUCUUGUUAUGAGUAGGGCUAUUAGGGAAUAUUACGAAAAAUUUAAUUACAAGGUUGGCUUAAAACCUGCUGGAGGGAUUAGGACAAGUAAAGACGCAAUUUCCUGGUUGAUAAUGGUCAAAGAAAUAUUGGGAAAUGAUUGGCUUACUAGCAGGUUGUUUCGCUUUGGUGCUUCUGGGCUUUUGUCUGAUAUUGAGCAUCACCUUUAUGGAAAUCUUACAAAAUCUUAUCCCGCUCCUUAUGAAUUUACGAUGGGAUGACUUAAAAGUUAUUAUGAUGACACCGGUGAAUUAAAUAAUGUAAAAGAUUUUCGUUUUUUAAAAUAAACAUUUAGUUUUUCUUAAAAAAAAAA